AUUCACAACCAAACAAACAUAUUAAUUGUGAACAUCAGAGCAGAAGAUAUACUCGCCUGAGGGCUUCGCCGGAGACACUAAUGGCGGCAGCUUCCUCUAGGGCUUUAUUCUCACGUUUCACCGACUUCUCACCAUUCCACCACCACCAACCGCCGCCCUACACUCACCACCUCCUCCUCCGCCCCUCGCCGCCGUCGAAGAAACGUCUAGGUCAUGUUGUUACCGUCAACUGUCUAAUCUCCGGCGUUGACGGCGGCGGAGUAUCUGAUGAAUUUGUAUCAACUCAACGGAAUGUUUCCUUCGACCGUGAAUUCUCCGUCAUCGCGAAUAUGUUGAAGAAGAUCGAGCCGUUGGAUUGUUCCGUGAUUUCGAACGGCGUUUCUGAUGCCGCGAAGGAUUCGAUGAAGCAGACGAUUUCGACGAUGCUAGGGUUGCUUCCGUCGGAUCAGUUUACGGUUAUGGUUAGAGUUUCGAAACGUCCUCUAGAUCGGUUAUUGUCAUCUUCGUUUAUCACAGGGUAUACUCUAUGGAAUGCUGAAUAUAGGAUUAUGUUGAUGAGGAAUUUUGAAGUUAUUUCUUCCAAUGAUGUAAAAAGGCUGAAUUCUGGUGAGGAUAAUGAGGCCUCAGAGGAGAAGGUUGAGAAAAGUGAAUGUUCGUGUGAUGAUGUUUUUGUAGAUUGCUGUACAGAAGAAGCCGAGAGACUAAAUCUUCAAAAUUGUUUGGGUGAUUUGGCUCCUGAAGCUUUGAAUUACAUCAAACGGUUGGAAUCGGAGAUAUCUAUCGCCAAGAAGGAACUACAUGCUAGGAAGCAGGAAAAUACACAAAUUGAAGAUACAAGAGAAAGCGACAAUGAUCUUUUAAAGUACUUGCGGUCACUGGAUCCUGACAUGGUGAAUGAACUUUCUAGACCGUCAUCUUCAGAGGUUGAGGAAGUUAUACGUGAACUUGUACAAUGUACGUCUAGAAGAUUCUUCAAGGAAGAGAUUACCUCUGACUCAUCGGGAGAUUCAGAUAUAGGAACUCAAGAAAACUUCCCACACGAUAUUGAUGACAUCAGUGACACCAUAGGUACUUCACGAGAUUACCUAGCAAAGCUUCUAUUCUGGUGUAUGCUAUUGGGUCAUCACUUGAGAGGCUUGGAGAACAGAUUGCAUCUAAGCUGUGCAGUGGGAUUGUUGUGAUAAAACUUCAAAAGGAAAAAAAAAGGGUUAGAAAGAUGUAUAUGAUUUUCCCUUUCAAAAAUUUCUUAUUUAUUGCUGCUACUUAUUCAGUUUAUUAUAUAAUAAUUUCAAAAUGUAGAGGCUUGCAUGCAACAAUAGCUUAUGUUGUAUUUAGAAAUUCUGGUUUACAUGCUAA